AUGAGGCUCACCACCUGGAAUGUCAAUGGCAUCCGCAAUCCAUUUUCCUAUCAUCCAUGGAGUAUCACAAAGACUUUUUCAGCCAUGUUCGAUAUCCUCGAAGCCGACAUCAUUGUCAUGCAAGAACUCAAAAUCCAGAGAAAAGACUUGCGUGACGAUAUGGUAAUGCUCGAUGGCUGGGAUUGUUACUUCAGCUUGCCUAGACAGAAGAAAGGCUAUUCAGGUGUAGGUAUCUAUACUCGUAACGCUACCUGCUCUCCCAUCCGAGCCGAAGAAGGCAUCCUCGGAGUCUUGACACCGCCAAACUCAGCCACCCAAUACCGCAGUCUACCAGAAUCUCAACAGAUCGGCGGAUAUCUUUCUGAAGUGGAACUCGCAGAACUUGGCGUCGAUCCUCUUCUUCUGGAUUCUGAAGGCCGCUGUGUGUGUCUCGAGUUUCCUGCUUUCGUUCUCUUUGGUGUCUACAGUCCCGCAAACUCCAAUGGUCUCCGCGAUGAUUUUCGGUACGCUUUCUUGUCUGCUCUGGACUGCCGUAUACGCAAACUCAACAAGAUGGGCAAGCGAGUUGUCUUGGUCGGUGACCUCAAUGUCUCCCGAGGCUUGAUCGACACUGCUUCCUCGGCGGAGGACAUCAAGAAGGCCGGCCUAACGAGCGAGGAAUACGUCAGUACGCCGAACCGCCGGAUCUUCAACCAACUUAUCAUCGGUGGCGAAGUCUACGGUGAAAGAGACGAAGGUCGGGAGGAAUCCGUCAUGCUUGACACUACCAGAGAGUUUCAUCCUGAGAGAACGGGCAUGUACACUCAUUGGGAGGUCAAGAUUAACGCCAGGCCUGGAAACUUCGGAAGUCGUAUUGACUUUGUCCUGGCGAGUGGUUCUAUGCGCGAUUGGUUCGUCCAUGCCGAUAUUCAAGAAGGAUUAAUGGGUUCCGAUCAUUGCCCAGUUUACGGCGAGUUCAAAGACAUUGUCAACAUCAAGGGUGACGAUGGAAAAUCAGAAACGAAGCUGGUCGAUAUGAUGAAUCCUCCUGGUGUCUUCAAUAAUGGCAUCCGCCAGAAGGAGUGGAACGUCAAGGAUCUUCCUCCUUUCAGCGCAAGACUCAUGCCAGAGUUCUCUCAAAGAAGGAGCAUCAAAGACAUGUUCAAGAAACCUAGCGCUCCCUCUGCUCCAGCUUCUUCGUCAAUCAGCAGCCAGAUAGCUACAUCCUCCACGCCACAGCUUACGCAAGUUAACGAAGAAGCUCGUACUACAGACGGCUCCGCAUCUUCUGCAGCACCUCCACCGAAGAUCGCUGUAUCUCCGUCCCCAGACAGAAAACGCAAAGCAUCGGAGACGUCUAUCCUCCAAUCGACGAAGAAGCAGAAGACCGUCCCAGCGUCUACGUCGAAGGCAGCUCCUGCAAAAGGUCAGAAGAGCUUGAAGGGCUUCUUCCAGUCAAAUCCAAAGCCACAAGAGCGGGCCACAAGCGAUUACACUAUGUCCGAAGCAGCCAACUCAUCAUCUACGCCACAUCGUGUCAACACCAAAGACUUAACAUCUCCUGCUGACGCACGAGGUAGUUCGAAAGCCUCCGAAACAAAAUUCGAGGCGCUUGACGAUGCUGACGAGAUGGUAUACGAUCCAAUUGAGAACAAAGAGUCGUGGCAAACGCUCUUCCGCAAACCAGCAGCACCGUUGUGCGAAAGCCACGAAGAGCCAUGCAAAAGCAUGCAGACCAGGAAGAAAGGAGAAAACCAAGGACGUAGCUUCUGGAUGUGUGCAAGGCCGCUGGGGCCAUCAGGUACGAAGGAAAAAGGUACACAAUGGCGAUGUCCGACAUUCAUAUGGUGCAGCGACUUCAAGGCAGGGUGA